AUGAUUGUCUUUAAUCGAAAGACACACUUGUCAAAAUAUUGGUUUCUUUAUGGAAUAUUUUUCUCGGUUAUAUUAGCUUUUAUUUAUCCUGAAUUUGGUUCAAAAGAAGGUCUAUUAAAACCUGAAUGGACAAUAAAAUCAUUAGGAACUAUCAUUAUUUUUUUAUUGAAUGGUUGUUCAAUACGAAAAGAGGAACUUUACCGAACAGUUCUUCAAUAUAGAAUUCAUUUAUGCAUUCAACUAUUUUCAUUUCUUAUUUGUCCUAUUCUAUUUACAAUAUUAUCUACAAUCUAUCGAUCAUUAACAUAUCAAUAUCAAAUAUCUAUUGGAAUAAAAGCAUUAGGAACGUUACCAUCGCCAGUAUCAACUGCUGCUGUUGUUGUUCGAGCGAUCGGUGGCAAUGAAGCGAUUGCAAUGCUUAAUUCAACUAUUGGCAGCCUAUUAGGAACAAUGCUAACGCCCAUUCUUCUCUACAUGAUGCUCGGUGGAACAUUUGUAGGUGCACAACAUUCGUUUAUUCAUGUGCUUAUAUCACUUUCAAGUACGAUCUUACUACCGAUUUCUAUUGGACAAUUAUUGCGCAUCUAUUUUCCACUUGCUGUCAAUCGAAUAAUGCCAUAUUCGAAUAUAAUUAAUAAUUGGAUAUUACUUGGAAAUAUCUAUGUGACAUUUUGUCAAACAUUCAAGCAGCAUGGUUCAUUAGAUUUAACGUUUAUCAAUUUCAUAAUUCUUUUUAUGACAAUUCUUGUUAUACAAAUCUUAUUAAUUGUUGUUCUGUUUUUUGCUUGUCAAAAAAGUCAUGUCCGUCCAAAUGAUACAAUUGCUAUUAUAUUCUGUGGUAGUCAAAAAUCAUUAACUUCUGGGAUGCCUAUUUUACAAAUGAUUUUUCCUGAUAAUAUUUCUAUUACUAUACCUUUGCUAAUCUAUCAUCCUAUGCAAAUUAUUCUAGGAAACUAUUUAACUGGAAGAUUUCAACGUUGGUUAAAAGAUGCGAAACAUGAAUGGCAUCACCGAAUCAGCGGAAGAAUAGCUAUUAAAAAGAAAAUGUCGACUCCAUCUCGUCUUCGUUUAAUGCGAGAUUUUAAACAACUACAAAAAGAUCCACCGGCUGGUAUUGCAGCUGUUCCUUCAGAUGAUAAUAUUCUUAUUUGGCAUGCUUUUAUUUUGGGACCCAGUGAUACACCAUUUGAAGAUGGUACAUUUCGAUUACUAUUAGAAUUUACGGAAUCUUAUCCAAAUAAACCACCAUCUGUUCGAUUUACAUCAAAAAUGUUUCAUCCAAAUGUCUAUGCCGAUGGUGGAAUUUGUCUUGAUAUUCUACAAAAUCGUUGGUCACCUACAUAUGAUGUUUCAGCUAUUCUUACUUCCAUUCAAUCAUUACUCGACGAACCCAAUGUAUCAUCACCAGCUAAUUCAGAAGCAGCUAAUCUUUACCAAACAAAUCGACGUGAAUAUGAAAAACGUGUUAAAACGACAGUUGAACAGAGUUGGAAUGCUGAACCAACACUUGCAUCGAAUCUUCGUAUCUAA